AUGGCCGCGCCGGGACCCCGCGCCUUACGGGCUGCGCUGUGUGGCGGCUGCUGCUGCCUCCUCCUGUGUGCCCAGCUUGCGGUGGCUGGUAAAGGUGCUCGAGGUUUUGGGCGGGGAGCUCUGCUCCGCCUGAACAUCUGGCCAGCUGUCCGAGGGGCCUGCAAACAGCUGAAGCCCUGUGAGCAUUGUGUGGAGGGGAACCGAGCGCACAACCUCUCCGGCUGUGUGUGGGAGCAGUGUCGGCCGGAGGAGCCAGGACACUGCGUGGCCCAAGGGGAGGUGGUCAAGGAAGGCUGCUCCAUCUACAACCGCUCAGAGUCAUGUCCAGCUGUGCACCACCACCCAACUCAUGAACCGAAGAUAGUCACAACAGAGAGCCCCUCGGUCCCUGAGGCCCACAGCCCCAGUUUUGACGGGGCCAGCUUCAUCGGUGGCGUGGUGAUGGUGCUGAGUCUGCAGGCGGUGGCCUUCUUCGUCUUGCGCUUCCUCAAGGCCAAGGAGAGCACCUACCAGACGCUGUGA